UCUGAUAUUAUCACUUGAUACAAUUUGAUCAAGAGCAGUUAGUGACAGACAGACAACUACUACUAACUACUACUGAGAAAUGGCUGCUGCAGGAACAGAGAGCAAUGGAGGAGAGGGAGAAGCAGUAAUAAUUAUGUCAGGAGCUUUAACAAAGCAAGGAGGCAACGUUAGGAAUUGGAAGGAAAGACAUUUUGUACUAAAAGGGACUGAGCUUAACUAUUACAAAAAAGAAGGCGACACAAAGCCAAAGGGGGUGAUUGAUCUGAAGACUGGACGAGGGAUAAGAACAAUGAAGUAUAUAUCAGAAGGAAUUGAGUGGCCUGAAGAUGUGCAGGCAAAUUAUGCAUUUGCAAUUGCAACUAGUGCCAGGACUUAUUAUGUCUAUGGAAAGAGCUCAAAAGAAAUACAGAAAUGGAAGAAAACCAUAAAAGACAUCAUAGAUGAACAUGGCAGCCCUACUGAUGACUGGAAGAAUGAUGUGGAGGGAAAACCUGAGCACAUAGCUUCAAAAGUAGUCAAGAAAGUUGCAAAGAUCGGAGCACAAGUGACCAAGAAAGUUGCAUCAGAGUACAUACAAGAUGACAACAUCGCAUCAAUUGUUGAAGGGGUUGCCGAUGGAGUUGAAAACCAAGCGGAUGCAGAUCGUAAUGCAACUAUAGGAGACAGGCUCAAAAGAGGAGCUGGAGAUGCAGUAGGAGUUGCAGGUUCAGGCAUACAAUUGGCUAGUGAGUAUGUACCGGAUGAAAUAGGACAGACUGCUGUAUAUACUGCCGGUGGUAUUAUCAAAGACCAAGGUACUGCUGAUACUGAUGCUAGCAUUGCAGAAAGAUUAGCCAUUGGAGUUGGUAGUACAGCAGAUUGUAUAGGGGAAUGCCAUGAGGAAGCUUCUAUAGUGACUGAUCUUGUUAGCAAAGGAGCUGAGAAAGUGACUGAAGUCCUCGAGGAGGACAGAGCAGAAAAAGAAGAGGAAGAAAAGAAAAAGAAGCUUGAGCAAGACAGCGAUGCUGAGAGUGAUGACGAAAAUGUUGACACGUCAGGAAUAUAAAAAACUUGUCAAAAAUUUAAUAAUAACUAUCGUUUUUUAUUAAUUAUUAUUUCUCACAACAAACACCAUUAAGGGAAAAUACA